UGGGGCUUUCCCCAUGUGCCGCACUCCCACUCCCAUGAUCCCCGCCUCGCUGGAUUAUGGGAGUCGAAGUGCACGUCAGAAGGCCGCCAGGUUGAGGAAGGGUGGUGCAAGAGAUGCCGAAGCCUUUGGCUUCAGGAAGGAGGUCGUGUCGUUUAACGGUUUGGCUCUCGCCCCGCGGAUUCAUGAAAAUGACUUUUUGCUUGUUUGUCUUUUGGAGGCAGUGAGGAAAGAGGUGUAGGCGAACCCUUGGAAGCUCUAGUCUUAAACAUCCUAAACAUCCAUCUUCCCUUUGAAGGAAUGCAUAGAGGAGGGAGACGAGUUUUAACUGCGCAAGGUUUAUACUAAACAUGUUUCCUGUAAACGCAGGUGAUGUUGACAAGCCAAGCGUUUUUCUUAUUUUAGUUAAAUACCCCUAGCUGGAAGGGUUUUAUAUUAUUUUAAAUUUCACCCUUCCUUCAAAGAGUAAAGGAUUUUUCCCUUUUUUGAUAUUAUCUUGACGCACCACUCUCAUGAGGUAGGUUAGAAGAGAAAAACGGAUACAUACCAUUGGGAGAGCCUAUAUAUCUUUUUAAAAAACUUGGGAUAAUCCUCGUAACAGCUGCUAAAGACGACAAAAGAUACAAUUUAAACACUGAAAUAUAUUUUACUGGUCAAGUAAAAUGGAUCCAUGUUCAGUUGGAAAUCAGCUGCAGGCUAGCAGUGAUUGUCAUAAAGCAUACUUUACCUCUCAAACUGGCUUGAAGACUAAACAAGAAUUAUCAGCAACUGAUCUGUUACUUCUUCAGCUUAGGACUGGGAUAACUCUUUCAGAGAAUCAUACAAUCUGCUUCCAUCAUGCUAAAGUUUACCUUGAUAGAUACGAAGACUUGCAAAAGUCAUGUUGUGAUCCUUUUAAUAUGCACAAAAAACACUCAAGGAAAAACUUGCAUGCAAUUGACAUAGAUGAUGCAUCUUUUCUAAGUGCCAAGUUUGGACGUCAGUUUAUUCCAGGCUGGAAGCUUUGCCCCAAAUGUACACAGAUAAUAAAUGGAAAUGCAGAGGUUGACUCUGAAGACCGUCAACGAAGGAGACUUGAUUCAGACGGACGUACAGCUAAGGCCUUGAAGUCCUUACAGUUUGCUAAUCCAGGACGUCAUACUGGAUUUGCUCCAGAAGCAAACAAAAGAGAAAAAAGAAGGCUGCAAGCAAAAAGCACAUCCAUUAAUUCAGACAGGCAAUUAAUAGCGGCCAAGAGCAAGGUAUAUGAUAGCCAAGGCCUUCUGCUGUAUAGCAGGAUAGACCUAUGUGACUGCCUUGAUGAAGACUGCCUUGGGUGUUUCUAUGCUUGCUCUAAGUGUGGCUCCAGAAAGUGUGGACCUGAAUGCCGUUGUGAUCGCAAGUGGCUGUAUGAGCAAAUUGAGAUAGAAGGAGGGGAAAUUAUUCGUAAUAAGCAUGUGAUGUAGCCUGGGUUCUGCAUUUCAUUACUCAGUCACAGGAAACUGCCUUCUAAGGUUUUUCACAUAAUAAAAUAUAAUCUGUUCAUAUUUCCAGUUAAGAUUCAGUGUUGUCUAAACAAAUAAUGGGUAAGGGUAAGUUCCAUAUUUGUGUCAAUUGUACAGAAGGAAGAUUGGAAGGUUGUCUGAGUAGCUGUGAAUUUAUUAAUAGACAAGCUAUUAAGAAUAGUAUUUGCUAAUUUGCAUUGUGUGCUCCGUGCAGCUUAUUUUUUUUUCUGUAUCUCCAUUGCUGCCCUUUAUAAGAAGUCCUCGAGUAUUUUCAUUUUCUAGAACACAGUUACUCCUGCAAACACAUUAAGCACUAGCAGUCAUAAGCAGUAUUAGCUUUGGAAAAUUGGUGAUUUGAGAAUGAUGUUGCAUGAUAAGUAGAAAAUACAGGUGUCAGACUGAGACUUUCAGGAAGAUGGCAUACCUUUAUUAAGAAAUAAUAAGAAACUUAUUGACCUUUUUUGCAAACGAGUUGCCACAUGAAGAAGGAAUUGUAUUCUAUGCUUUCAACAGUAUUUUGCUGCUUCUACUGGAGGGGAGAAAGUCACCAAAGAUACAGCCUCCUGCAGUAUUUCUGUUUUGAAUAGCUUGUUUGGAGGCUUUAUAACUGAGUCCAUAGAUAGCUUGAUGGAAAAUUUGUGGCUGAAAUAUGACACUGUCACCUUAGCUUUAAGAAAUGCACAAGGUAUUAAUACAAGCAUAAGUAUGGUGAGACUCAUCACAUUUACAGUCUCUUUACAGUAGCAAUUAAUAGGCAAUGUUUGUAAGCUACUCAGAUGAUUUGCCAUGCGCCCCACAUAAAAUGCAUGUACACUUAGUCUGAUGCAUAUGGUGCAUAUUAUAGAAAUGUGAGGUUCAGGAUUUUGCAGAAAAGAUACUCUGUACUAGAAACUUUUAUAAGGAUGUACCAGGUAUCUUUAUUUUUAUAAGAAAAAUUGAAGUUCCUGUUGGGCUGUGUCCUUUAUCUGCAGAUGUUAAUAAAGAAUUGAUUUACA